UUAAUGGAGGAGAAGUCAUGGCAUUGGUUGCUCCUUCUCCUCCGUUUUCUCCCCCCCAACCCUUCCAUAUAUCUCAAUCCCCCUUCCUCCCUUGCUCCUUUGAUUCAAACCUCCAAGGUCUACUUCAUUUUUGUUGAUUUUGUAGUUCUUUUUCUUGUUGGUUUUUUAUAGUGAUUGGUUGAUAUGGGAAUGGGGGAUGAGCAAGAUGUGGUGGCCAUUAAUGGAAAGGGGAACAAGUAUAGGAGGAUGGACGCUCAAGAAGAGGAGGAAUUUGAUGAGGAUGUUGUUAGGUUAAAGAUGGCACGCAAGAAUGAUAGCAGGAAGUAUGUCUUUGCCUCUGCCAUCUUUGCUUCUCUCAACUCUGUCCUGCUUGGUUAUGAUGUUGGUGUUAUGAGUGGGGCUAUUCUUUUCAUUCAGAAAGAUCUACACAUAACUGAAGUGCAGCAAGAAGUGCUAGUUGGAUGCUUGAGCAUUGUUUCACUUUUUGGUAGUCUAGGCGGCGGUAGAACUUCUGAUGCCAUUGGUAGGAAAUGGACUAUGGGUUUUGCUGCAAUUGUCUUUCAGAUUGGGGCUGCUAUCAUGGCUUUUGCCCCUUCUUUCCUAGUAUUGAUGAUAGGCAGGCUUUUUGCUGGAGUCGGGAUCGGUUUUGGUGUCAUGAUAGCACCGGUUUACAUUGCUGAGAUAGCCCCCGCUGUCGCCCGAGGAUCUCUUACUUCAUUCCCUGAAAUCUUCAUAAACAUUGGCAUCCUUCUUGGUUAUGUAUCAAACUAUGUUUUCUCUGGCCUUUCAUACCAUAUAAAUUGGAGGAUUAUGCUUGGUGUUGGCAUCCUCCCUUCAGUGUUCAUUGCCUUUGCAUUGUUUGUGAUUCCAGAAUCACCGAGAUGGCUAGUAAUGCAAAAUAGAGUAGAUGAAGCUAGAACAGUGCUGUUAAAGAUCAAUGAAGAUGAGGCAGAGGCUCAUCAGAGGCUAGCGGAGAUCGAGGAAGCUGCUGGAGUUUUAAAUGCAGACAAGAAUAAUGAGAACAAAGAAGUGUGGCGUGAAAUCUUGAGACCUUCGCCUUCUUUACGCCGAAUGUUAAUAACAGGUUGUGGCAUACAAAGCUUCCAGCAAAUUACAGGGAUUGAUGCCACUGUGUACUAUAGUCCUACGAUAUUUAGUGAUGCUGGAAUCAAGUCAGAUACUGAACUCCUUGCCGCAACUGUUGCUGUUGGCUUCACAAAGACUAUCUUCAUUUUGGUGGCAAUACUUCUGAUAGAUAAAGUUGGAAGAAAACCACUGCUUUAUGUGAGCACAAUUGGGAUGACUAUUUGUUUGUUCAUUUUAAGCUUAUCUCUGACUUUGAUGCAUGGUUUGGGAUUGAUGUCACCAAAUGUUGGGAUUGGAAUUGCAAUUCUAGCAGUUUGUGGCAAUGUAGCAUUCUUUUCUGUUGGCAUUGGUCCAGUGUGUUGGGUGCUGACUUCAGAGAUUUAUCCACUUAGAUUGCGAGCUCAGGCUUCGGCAUUAGGAGCAGUAGGAAAUAGAUUGUGUAGUGGCCUCAUUGCUAUGUCAUUCCUCUCAGUAUCGCGUGCCAUAUCUGUCGGCGGAACCUUCUUCCUCUUCUCUGUGAUUUCUGCUGUUUCUGUUAUGUUUGUGUAUAGUUGUGUCCCUGAAACAAAGGGGAAGUCCUUGGAGGAAAUUGAAAGGUUGUUCCAAAAUGGAAGAGAAUGGCAAAAAGGUGAAGUUGAGCUUGGUGAUGUUGAGCAUUUGGUGCAGGAUAAGUAGUUGUUUUGAGAGUCCCAGUUGUAACAUCAUCAUUCUUCAUUGCAACAUUUGCAGAUAUCAGCAAGUGAUUCAUUGGAUGGAAUACCAAAAUUUCAAUUCAAUAAUCUUCUGAUUACUUCCGCUGUUUGCAAUUCCUUAAUUAAGAAGCCGAAUUAUGCGAUCACUUAUAUUCAUUGGUUCUGCUUCGAUACUGGUAAUACAAAACAAGUAGUUUUGUUAAUGAAUUGUUAUUGAUUUGUUGCACUCUUAACAAUUACACACUUGUCUUAUGCUUUGAAGUUAUACGAAAAAGAAAUAGUGUCAUUUGGUAGCUUCUUUAUGCUUAAAAACAAUAUGUAUAUUAAGUGAAUGAUUUGUGUUGUUUUUUGUUUUUGGAUGAAGAACCCCAGG